UCCAUUACAGGAUGGAGUAAUUGGUCUGAUUGGACAGGUUGUAGUGUAACUUGUGGUACCGGACAGAAACAAAGAACAAGAAAAUGUCUCAAUUCAAAAGAUAGUAAAGAUUGUAAAGGAAAUGAUAAACAAACUGAAAUAUGUUCUCUUACGGAUUGUCCAGGAUGGAGUAAGUGGUCUGAUUGGACAGGUUGUAGUGUAACUUGUGGUACCGGACAGAAACAAAGAACAAGAAAAUGUCUCAAUUCAAAAGAUAGUAAAGAUUGUAAAGGAAAUGAUAAACAAACUGAAAUAUGUUCUCUUACGGAUUGUCCAGGUAUGAUUCUUUCAAAAUCAAAUGAAAACCGAAACGUUACAGAAGAAGCUGCUACUUGA